GUUUAAUUCUGAUUGUCACUUUGUUGUAGUUUUUAGAUCAGAGCAGAGCUUGAAAAUUCGCAGUAUAGGUAGCAAUCUUUCGUAAAAUCGGUAAAAUCAAAGAAAAUCUGGGAAAUGUGGAACACUGAGAGUUUAAUGGGCAAGAUUUACGCACGUGAAGCGUCGAUGCGCGUCAAGGAGAAGGUUGAGGCCAACCGACGCGAGCAGGAGCAAAGGGAGCGCGAGCAGCAGUCGCUUGAGUUAGAAAAGCACGCACCGAAGCCACGAAAACACAAGCCAGUCGACGCGAACCGAGAGGCUGCAGUAUAUGGGGCCGAACAACAUAAAAUUAACCUGGAACGCGUUGCCAAAAGACAGAAGGAGCUGCUCGAGGUGCAGCGCAAGUUUUCGGAGGAGCUCAGCAAGGAGGACGCUGAAGUAGAAGAGCGCAGGCUGAUUGAGAAGGAAAAAAAUAAGCAGGAUCUUCGACGAAAGGCCAAGGAACACAAAAGCUGGUGUGAGGCCAAAGCGGACCAUCAACUAGCUGCCCAGAGGGCCAGAAAGGUCCAGCGGGAUCGGCCUGAACUGAUUGGGCGCUCAUCCAGUGUCAACACGAAGGAAAAAAGGGAGCUGAAAAAAUGCGUCAACGCGGACCAAAUGCCAGACACGAAGAAAGCACUACAGAGGAUCAAGAAAUAUCGCCAGGAGGAGAAGGAGAAGAUGCAGCAAGACGAGCAAAGUAAGCUGGAGUUACGCAGGUCUCGCUCACAGCACCGAAAGGAGUUGGUGAAAAACCACAUGAGCAGGGAAAGGGCUAAGUCGCGGCCGUCAAACUAUGGGAGUUGCGAUCGGUUUGACAUGCUCUGUAUGGAGGAGCGCAUUAAGGAGAUGAAGAAAAUGAUCGACAGUGUCAUGCACUCAUCGUGAGGAAAAAUUGAAUAAAUUAAAGCAAGUAU